GAGAAGCCAAACAAACACAAGACACCAAAAAUCCAUCCAUCUGUCUCUAUGACUAUUAUCUCUCUAUCUCUCUCUUUUAUUUUGUUUUUUAAUCGGUCAAAAUAACAAUUGGCCAGUCAUCUUUGUAGGUGACAGCUAACUCUACCUAUAUAAGCUUCGUUUUCACACUAGAACCUUUCCUUUGUUUACGGGCUUAAGCUUCUCUGCUUUGUUAUUGUCGAGAUUUUUCAGUGGGAUUUUUGUAUUUAUCUAAAUCUUUUGCAGUUAGAAUUUGGUGAGAGGAGUGAAGAGCUCUGUGAUUGAGUUUUGAGGUUUUGUUGAUGGGUUCCUGUUUUAGUGUAAGAAUCAAAGCUGAGAGCCCUUUUCACCAUGGGGCAGACCCAAAAUAUGGUGGCAGAGCUGGACAUGAAGUGAGUCGGUCUAGCAGCAAAUAUUCAUCGGCCACAGUGCCUUCAACUCCUCGGACAGAGGGUGAGAUCUUGCAAUCUUCUAAUUUGAAGAGCUUUACCUUUAGUGAAUUAAGAGCAGCCACUAGGAACUUCCGUCCAGAUAGUAUGUUGGGUGAAGGUGGAUUUGGUUCUGUGUUCAAAGGAUGGAUUGAUGAGCAAACACUAACAGCUGCCAAGCCUGGAAUGGGCACGGUUAUUGCUGUGAAAAGGCUUAACCAAGAUGGUUUCCAGGGUCACCAGGAAUGGCUGACCGAAAUCAACUACCUUGGGCAGCUUUAUCAUCCAAAUCUUGUGAAAUUGAUUGGUUUCUGCUUAGAGGAUGACCAUCGGCUUUUGGUAUAUGAGUUUAUGCCAAAGGGUAGCUUGGAGAAUCACCUAUUCAGAAGGGCUUCUUACGUUCAACCUCUCUCUUGGAAUCUCAGAAUGAAGAUUGCUCUUGAUGCUGCCAAGGGUCUCGCAUUUCUUCAUAGUGAUAAAGCCAAAGUGAUAUAUCGAGAUUUCAAAGCUUCCAAUAUACUGCUGGAUUCCAACUACAGUGCUAAACUAUCUGAUUUUGGGUUGGCCAAGGAUGGGCCAACAGGUAGUAAAAGCCAUGUUUCGACAAGAGUAAUGGGUACCUAUGGGUAUGCAGCUCCUGAGUAUAUGGCUACAGGUCAUCUCACUAAAAAGAGUGACAUAUACAGUUUCGGUGUUGUUCUUCUCGAAAUGCUAUCUGGCAGGCGAGCUAUAGACAAAAACAAGCCUUCCAGAGAACAAAAUUUAGUUGAGUGGGCAAGACCUUAUUUAGGCAGCAAACGCAAAAUCUUCCAAGUUAUGGAUGCUCGCAUCGAAGGUCAGUAUUCUUUAAAAGAUGCACUAAAAGCGGCUACUCUUGCUGUACAAUGCCUAUCUACAGAACCGAGAUAUAGGCCGAACAUGGAAGAAGUGGUAAAAGCAUUAGAACAACUGCUCGAGUCCAAUGACGACGAGGUAUCUAAGGGCCCUCGAACUGAAAUGCUCCGGAAAGUUAAUCGAAGUUCAGGCAAUGGUCCAAAAUAUCGUAGGAGAAGUACUAAUGAAAUUUGUGAUGGAAAAGCUGCCUCUUGUCCGCGGCAAUCUGUUUCUCCUGGUCGUGUAUAAAAAUAGUAGAUAUAUAUAUAUAUAUGCUUGGCCAUUCACAUCUAUUCAAGUAAAAUUAUAAUUGCAUUUGAUGAGCAUUAUAUCAUGUAUACAAUAUAUGUUGUAUAAUGAUCUAUGUUGUACAGUUCUUCAAUUCUAUUAUCAAUAACAUCUGAAUUCCAAGUUUCUUCGA